AAUUUUGGGCUAUCCUUUUAAGAACCACCUGUUUCUUUGUGGACCAAAAAAAUGGGGCCAUAGUAAGAAUAACACAUUAAAAUUUCUUCACAAAAAUAUUUGCAAUUUGCCACAUCCUAGAACAUUACACUCACCAAAAGCCAAAAUUAAAGCAUUAUUGCUCUCAUGUGGACAUGAAUAUCAAUCACAUAUUUUAAAUCAUUAGCAAUGUCCAUGUAGAGUCAUUGAAAUUGGAAUUUGGAUUCAUCUGCGCUAGCAGGUUUUUUCGCAUUCACACAGUCAAUCACAUCAGUAAUUGUUGGAUCGAGAUUUCACGGUAUAAAUUUUAAAACUCGAAUUUUAAAACUAUUUAAAAUCUACAUCGUUUGAUUUUGAUCCAACGACUACUAAUGCGACAACUAUUUAAACUCGAAUUCUAAAAUUUGUCCCCUCUAAGUCAUGGUAUUUACCAAGAGGUAACUACUAACUAGUAUAUUGUCCCAAUCUAGCACGCAACCAUCAAUCAAAACUUGGAUGCAUUAUUUUUAGUGGGUCUGAGCAAUAAAUUGUGAUGAGAAUAAUUAAGCAUAGGUAAAGAGGAGUAAAUGGCUGGUAGGUUACCUGGUGUUGGAUUGUCACCAAGAAAAAGAUCAGAAAAUCAUCACAACAGACAUGAACACUAUGUUACCUACAGAGACUCUUCCUAUCUAAGGGAAUCAUUGGAGACACCAUGGACUUCAAUGACUACUACCUUAGAUGAAAGUGCUUUCAAAGCCAAACAAAGGCUUCAGAAGAAACUUGGUUAUUCUCCCAGGUCAAUUGAACAAAAUCCCAAAAAAGAAGGAAAAGAAAGUAAAAGCAAAUUCAACAAGAAAGAUACAGGACUAGGUAGGAAGUUACUAGAAAGUUCAUGGUUAUUACGUGGAAACAAGUUUAAGAAAGAUACAAAAGUUUGUGCUGUGUGCUUAGAAGAUUUUCAUCAAGAUGAAGAAGUUAUGAACCUUUCUUGCUCACAUAAGUAUCAUUCAGCAUGUCUUAUCCCUUGGCUUGAAAAACACCCUCACUGUCCUUAUUGUAGAACCAUGGUUGUGCCAAGUGAUUAGUUUUUUGUGCUGUUCUUUUGCAAAUUUGAACAGAGUUCUCUGUUUAUUUUUUCCUCCUUCAUGUUUUUGAUCAUUGGUCAUGUAUAAUUUAUGAUCAAAGUGGUGAGUGUUACUUUGUAUAUAUUAUGUUAUAUUUGCUCUCUUGGAAGGUGGAUUUUUAAUCCUAAAUAAUGUUGAGAAUUGUUUGCUUAUAUCCAUAAUUAAACAUGGUUACAACUA